CCUACAUCUAUAAAAGGAAGAGAGCUCAGAGCCUGUGGCUGUGCAAGGUUGUUUCCUCCUUAUUACCUAGUCACAUAUUAGCGGAAUAUUGUGUUUUGAGAUUAUCACUCAUUUCGACCGUUUUUUAAGAUGCAAGAAGCUCUGCUGCGAGUGUUUGUGGUUGCUCUGGGACUUCUAAUGUGUCCACGAGAUGACCCCGGGGUCGAGGAAUUAGAGGACAUCGUCACCAGGGGUUCCAGUAAGCAUGACGAGCAGCCACUGGGAGAGGAAGAGAAAUUAGGCCAAGUUUUGCCGCAAAAUGACAAUAGAGGGCCUCAAGGUGACAAGAAUGGCAUUCCUGAAGAACUGAAUCCGUCUGGUCUGUAUGGCUCUGAAAAUGAUGAAAUCUCAGACCUGGAUGUGUCCACUACUAAACAAGACUCGGAAGGAAUCAGUGUUGAUCAUAAAUUGACAGAAGGGAAUCUAAAAGAUAAAUUAGAGCCAUUUCUGUCAGAAAAAUAUGAUGGUGAACCUGAGAUUGCAAUGAAGACCCCACAAGUCACUAGUGAGCUGAAGGAAACAGACAUCCUGACUGAUGACUCUACCAAAGAACCCGUUAAACCACAGGGGCAACACGAGAAGCCAGAUGACAAGAAAAUACACAGCCUUACAGAACAAGCAUCACCUUUUUCACAUGUCCAGACCGAGACAACAAAAAAGGAAGCUUCAGAGAAAGGCCUUGCAGACUGGGAGAGAGAUUACCUCUGGUACAUCUGGAACACAUUCUCCCUUAUUUCCAUAAUCCGCUUCUUUAGGAAAUACUUUGGAACAAGUUUCCAGAUGAAUCAACGGGUAACCAGGGCCUUCCCCGUGAUCUGUACUGCUGCUGAAGUGCCACUCCCUGAUGUCAGUACUCUCCAGCAUUUUUAUGCUAAAUGUGUCCAAGUCACAUCUGAGAAGUGGAGGGAGAUGGAGUUUUUGGAAGGAUUUGCUGAUGACCUGAUAGAAGCCAUGAAGACGAUCAGCGAUAAAGAUGGCAGUAUGGUGAUUAAGGGAUUAGAGACUGUGAACGCGUGUGAUAUCAGAGUUGUUUUUACUCCGCCUGAGCCGUAUCACUUUCAGCGUCUCCGUUACGCAGACCGUGCGAGUGACCCGUUGUCAGACGUGCAAGUCUGUGGUCAAAUAAAACUGGUGGAAGAAACCAAAUCCCAGAACGGAUGCCCCUGCCAGACCUCUGAUGGCGAUGAUGACAUGGUCUGUCUGCUGCAUUGUGACAACGAGAAAGUGAGGGCGAAAAUAACUGAUGUUUGUGAUGGCCCCUUAUGCUCUAAAAGCACGCCGCUACUAUCAAAAUCACAGGUUACCAGAUGGUUUCAGGGCACUAUCAAACAAGCCUGGGCGCUGAUUUCUCACAAGUAUGAGUUUGAACUCCACAUCCGUUACAUGGAGGCUCCAGGUGCUCUGGUCAUUCGAUUCAGAACGGGAAAGAAGAUCAGCUUCGGUAUGAGUCCAGUAAUUAAAUUUGACAACGAUGCUCAUUUUUUAAUCACACCUUGGUGUUCCAGUGAUCUGGAUACCUUCUGGACACUUUCCUUGUCCACCUAUGAGGACCGUCUCCUCGAACAUCUUUCCACACGCCUCCCUGAGAACUCUUGCCACAAUCAAACACUUGAAAUUGUACGCUUCCUUCACAAAAGACAGACAUCAUUGUCAGGAAGUAGUGGACUGAAGGAUUUCCAUUUCAAAACCGCUCUAAUGCACCUGCUUCUGAAUAAAAAACCUUCAGAGUGGAGACAGGACUACGUGGCUUGUAGGCUACGAGAUUUGCUGGGCUUCGUGGAAAGAAGUCUGGAGAAAAAGCUGUUGAACCACGUUCUUAUAGGCAACCCUGUCGCUGACAUUAUUGACCUGCCCGCAGAGUUCGUCAAAGCUAAACCAGUGAAUCUCUUCCAUCCCCUUGUGGUACAUAGCUGCAUGUACAGGAAUGCUGUCAUGCAUUUCCAGGAGAUGCUUCGAAAUUCACACAUGCUUAUACAUGAUUAUGUUGCUCAAUGAGCUGAAAGCACCAAUUAUUCUGGUUAAGAAAUGUUUUAAAAGCGGUGGGCAAUUUACAGUCUUUUCUAGAAAAAUAAUGGACAUAAAUUUCAAUUGUGGACAAUUCAUGAACAAAAUAAUUGCAACACAGGAGACCCAGAGGUUAAUCCAUCAUUACAUUUAUUUAAAAUGGUAAAUCAUUGCAACAUUACUUUUUUUUUAAUUCUUUAAACUUGUUAAGUUUCAGUCACAGUUGAGGAAGUAUGUAUGCCCUUCCAUAUUGGGGUCUUCCACAUUUACUGUUUCAGCAUCAAAAGAGUUAAACUGUGGGUCAACCUCCUCAAAUUCACCCUCACUGCUAAAGUCAACCUUCCAAGAUUUACUGGUGAUGAUCUCCUUGGAGGCCACUGUUGAGAUGAAAUGUUAAAUACCAAGUUAUGCUUUGUAACAUUCAUACCAUGAAUAUUUACACCUGUGAAGUUCCAGCAUUUUAUAAUUCACCCUGCAUUGUCUCCUCUCCAUACGUGUACAUGAAGAAGGCAGAAACUUACUCUUCGGAUGUGCUGAUGGGCAUGUUGAGUCGCAGCAGGCGCACACACAGUCCCUACCAUGGAGCUCCCUCCACCUGAAGCAUAAACAGGAUUGUCAGGUCAGAAGACAAGUGGAGCAUCCAACAGGCUUGAAAUGCAACAAAAUUUGCCACAGGCACGUUUGGUCGAUUUAAACCCACUUGUAGGUAGCGUGAUCAUAAUUGCACGCUUUUGAACUGGAAGUGGGAGUAAGAGGCCCCAGAGACAUUUCGCAGUGUAUGUAGAAUUGCUGAAAGACAUUGCAUUAACUUUUUUUAACCUAAUUAUUCCAUGAAAUAGCAUAAUAUUUUUUGCAGCUUUUUGAUAACUACCUGUGGAGAAGUGGUCGAAGUACCGUCCUUGAAAAUGAAGCUGCCCACACUGAAUUUCUGUGUACUCGUUGAGUUUCCAAGGAGGAACUUUGACUGUAUUGUCACCUUGCCAUCAAUCAUACAGCUGCAGUUGAAGUGUAUAAAAGGUUUAAUCAAAGCAAACAACUUCAAUUUUAAUUCUGCAGUUUACCCCAAUUCUGUAAGUUACCCGUGGUUGUCAAUGACUGUAUAUUUUGGUUGUGAGGUGGGAUCUCUGGAAGCAGUCACAAAGCAUUUAUUGAUGUAUAUCUUCUCAUCUGCAGAAUCUGUAGUUUUGUCAGGUCCGCUGGCCUCAAAGUACAUUGGAUGUCCUAAGAUGUAGGUUUCACUGCCGGGGAUUUCAUUCCCCAGUGCUGCAGAAGCAUGAUAGGAGUCAGAACAGCAGCACAAGACAAGUGGGAGGAAUGUUUGAACCAUUUGAUGAGACUUUGGCAGAAUAAAUGCCAUCAUGAAUUAUUGAGAGUACUUGUCCAUCUUUGAGAUCUAUCCGUGUGUAUGGCAUUUUUUCAACAUGCUUUUAAUUGCUUAAGAAGUUAACGAUAAUGAUUUUUUUAAAGC